AUGCCCAAGAUCAUUCCUUCUCUCCUUAUCGCCGGGGACAUGAACUAUUGCUUUGACACCAACACUUACCAUCACUCUCACCGAGCAGGUAAACCGAAACAGUUUAUGGAUUUCUUGAACACCCACUUCUCUGAUUGCCUCAAUCCGAGAAAUGAACCUCAUGCAUACACCUUCAAGCGCGGAUCAACCAUGUCUACUUUGGAUUACAUGUUUGCUGGACAGUAUAUAGCUUCAGAUAUGAGUGAUGCCACCAACUGGUUCCUACGUCCUGAAUGGACUGACCAUGCUCUUGUGACCAAAACUUACAUAACUGGAUUGACAAACUGCGGUAAAGGCAUUUGGCGUGCAAACCCUCACCUUGCCAAAAAUCCUAGGUAUAGACAGAAGUUGGCUGAUGAAAUCGAGAGAUUCGUGGCUACCAAAUUGGACUACAAUCUUUCAGCUCAAGACAAGUGGGACCUGAUCAAGCGGAAGACCAAACAGGUUACUGUCAACUUUGCUGGACACCAUGAUACUUGGAGAAAGGCCAGAAUCAAGGCGCUGCAGAGCGAGAGGAAUAACUUGCUGCGACGCUACCGGAAUGACAUUGAGUGCUUGAAACUGCUGCUGCCGGACGUGGAGGGAGAGCUACCCAAGCUACAGCAGGAAAUUGUGGAGAUUCAGAUGUUGAAAGCAGGCCGCCGAUGGUUGGAGCAGAGUGAGAAGUCCCCAGGAUAUAUCAAACACACCAUUGAUCAGCGUGUUGAUCAACGGACAGUUGCAAUGUUGAAACAUCCUAGCACUGGAGAAGCUUGCCUGGACAUGGAAACCAAACUCAAUGCUACUGAAUCCUUCUAUCAGGAUCUGUACACGGAGGAGCCAAUUGACUAUGAUGAUAUCUUGGACGGCGCCCGUCGAACCCCCAAACAGGGUAGCCCAGGACUGGACGGCAUCGGCUAUGAGAUAUUUUACCUCCUUGUCUCUCACCCAAGCUGUCGUGAUAUUAUCCAUCAGGUAUUCAAUGACGCUGUUCUUUUGGCAAAGUUCCCCAAAGCUUGGCAGGCCUCGUGUAUCAUUAUCUUACACAAGAAAGGUGACAAGAGUGAUCUAGCUAACUACCGUCCCAUCACACUGAUUGCAGCGGAUUGCAAAGUUUUUACGCGCAUCAUGAACUCUAGAGUUGUCCAAGUGGCUAACAGGAUUAUCACCCCUUAUCGAUGCGGUUUCUUGCCCGGCCGUUAUAUUGGGGAUCAUGGAAUGUCUCUCCAGGUGAUUAUGGCUAAUGCUCAGUCUGCUAGCUGGUGGAACCCCUCCAACUUUACUGCCUAUGCUGGCAUCAUGCUUGAUAAUGCCAAGGCUUAUGACCGGGUCCACCCAAAGUAUCUUUCCCAAGUACUGUUAAAGUUUGGCUUCCCUGAAGCGUUUGUCACAUGCAUUACCAACCUGUUCUUUGAUAACUCCAUCUAUGUCAAUGUGAAUGGCUUCUUAACCGGUGUAAUCUCACAGCGACGAGGGGUUCGUCAAGGUGAUAGUAUCUCGCCAGUCUUGUUCAACCUGGUCAUUGAGUCGUUCCUACUUUCCAUAAUCAACAAUAUGAACCUCACAGGAUACAGCCUGAAACACGUCAAGCUCCCGCACCAAAUACAGAACCCAUGGAUAUCUCCUGCUCCCAUCAAGGUCCUCGCGUACGCCGAUAAUGUCCUGUCCUUUGUGAAGUCGCAAGCUAAAUUAGUUGAGCUCCAGGAUCGACUCAGAGUGUACAAUCAAGCCUCCAAUGCCAAGGUCAAUUACAGUAAAUCCUUCGCCUUCCCUCUCCACGGCAGUGCCAUGAAGUCCACUGACGGCCAACAGAUCAAGCAAUAUGUCACCACACAACUGCAAAUGAAAUGCACUGGUGACCCUGAUUUCCAGCCCUUUGUCGACUCAUUGAUAUACCAACUACAGCAGAUACUGAAGCUAGCGAACAGAGAUCUCCGUUUCGUCAUGCUGGACAUGGCAAACCUCGACGUUGGUCGUAACUUCAGCAACCACCUCAGCAAACAACAAUGGCAGACUUUCUACAAGAAUAACAUGCAUUACUCAGCUCGCAACCUAUGGUAUCGAAUGAUACAUAAACAAAGCUCCAACAAACUUGCCAUGUCGCAACUCCAUCUGAAACAUGCUGAAUCUGAUAGAUGUGAACUCUGUUAUGAAGUGGAAGACGCCAAACAUUUCCUGAUCAGCUGUGUCCACAAACUUGAUGUAUGGGACUCCUCAUUCAACGAGUUCCUUGGUUACCCCAAAUCUGCAGAUUCACAUCUUAUCUACAAAUCAGUCAUACUCUUCAAACUGGACCGAUAUUUCAUAUACAACUUGGAUAUCCACAUCACGAUCUUUGACCUCUUUGCCACCAUCAUGCGUAUUAUCUGGAGAAACCAUUAUCAACAGCUUUACAACCACAUGCCUUUUGAUUCAAUCCAAACCAGCCGCCAAAUCAGAACCGAAGUGUUAAGAUUGUCAAAUCUUAAGUAA